CUGUCGCGUGACGGGACUUUGUGUUCAUCUUUUCGUUCUUUCAGUGAUGACGGCUCAGCUCUGACUGAGAGCACUUCCGCUAUUAAGGCAAACGCUCAUCAACAGCGUCUGAUGCUCGAUCAACAUCUCGAGAUGAAUGCAUUCAUUGGCGUGACCUCGGCAACUUUAUUUGCAGGUAAUAUUGCUAUUCGCUCUUCAAAACUAACUCUGUCCGUUUGCAGAAUAAUUCUAGGGGCUUCUGGGAAACCACUCUUGAAUUCUAAUCAUUACAGGCUUUUUCCCAUAUUAUCAGAUCAAAGAUGGCAACAUAGACAUGGUGCUGCAUUAGCAAUAGCUAGGAUUAUGUCUACCUCGUAUCCAAGGCUACCUCUUCCUUUUGUCGACUCAUGUGCUUUACAGCUGUUACAUGUUCUAAUCCUUGACCAGUUCAAUGAUUUUGUCUCAGGUCGCAGUGCUACUGCCCCCGUUCGUGAGACCUGUGCUCAAGCAUUAGGUCAUUUCUUGUAUAAAACUGAUCAAAUGAGGCAGUCCGUAGUACUUAGCAAACUUCGCACACUGUUAUCGAUGCAGGGAGAACGAAAUUGGCACUGCAGGCAGAGUGCUCUUCUAGCGUUCAAAUACUUCUUUGCUGUCGCUUCUUCUUCUGAUGCUUUUCACGAUUGCUUUGAACUCGUUGUCGCAAGCUUAGACGAUCCGGUAGAUGAUGUAGUGUCCUGUGCAGUUACUACCUUAUCUUCUUUGCUAUCCAAUCCAUCGGUGGACAGUGAACGUUCAAAUCUUGUACAGAAGGUGAUGUCAAAUGUUUGGUUUUUGCUUGAGCAGGAAUCGAAAAAGGAAUCGCUUCGUACUGGACUGGAUGCCCUUGCUAUAGACUUAAUAGGCAUUUUGGAAACCUGGAUGUACCUUAAUGAAUCAGCAGUUUUGACCAGGUACAUCAUUCUUGUGGUACAAUAUGAUAUUCUUGUGGUCCUUAAACUGUUCUAUCGUAUCUUGUUGUUUACGGCUCCUACGUCUAACAUGUUGCUGUUAGAAAAUACGUAUGUAACGUCUAAAGCUGUCAUAGGAAAAUAUGGUGUUUCACUGUCUUCAUUUUAUUGCAGAGCCGAAGCGAUACAGCUAUUAUUUGUUCCUUUUCUGCGAUCAAAUCUGUUAUAUCAAAAUCUUGGUGUUGCUAUUGUUUUGAACGAAUGGGCUGCUGUAUAUAGGGACUCCUUAAACAAAGCUGUUCAAAUUGACGCGCCCGUCACCGUUCUUCAGAUUUGUGACGCAUUUCUCAAGGCACCAGCAAAGAACUACGAUGAGCUCACGUCUGCUGUUAACCAUCUUACAAUGGAUUGUAAAGAAUUCGUUGACUACUGCGUUUCUCGUGGGGUCGACAGGAAUAAGCUAAACUUGGGAGAGUCAUGUCUUGUCCAGUUAGCAGAUCCUAAUACUAUCGAGUCGCUCACCACUCGUUACAGCGCUUUAGCAGAUUCGAUUCAGUUCACAAAGCUAGCGGUGAAGACAAAUACGACAAGGGUUACUGCCUUUUUGGCAUCGGCAUUGUUUUACUUUGGUUUUGCUCCCGAGAAACUUACUCCGAUGGUGCGUCCGCUCGUCGAAUGCAUGCAGAAUGAACCAAAUUCUACUGUCUCGGCCGAGGUCUUUCGUGGAUCUAUUGCUUUAAUGAUUGCCUAUAGACUAUCGGUUAUAUUACCGUUUAUUUACCCCUUUCUAUCACCUUUAUUUAUCGUAAAUAACCUUUAUUGUUCGAAGGUGCUGUUGUCUCGCCUUGCGUUGCACGAUUCUAUGUGGUCAAGAGUAGGAUCGAUGCUAUCUGAUUCUUCGACGUUAUCCAUAUUACAACUCUUGAAAAGUUCGAAUCCAGCGCUAAGAUUUGCUGGAUCUAAAGCUGUGGAGACGUUUGCCCGUUCACGUCUUGGUGAUACGAUUUCCCGGAUGUUUGACCCUUUGUCGUCCAUGCUUUCUAACAUUUCUGAUGAUAAUGAAAGAAGGGGUGCUAUUGAAGCAAUGCUGAGAUUGUCGUCCAUGAAUUCUGUCCUGAAUGGUGUUGUUUCAUUGCUGGCUCCUCUCGUAUUUGUUCGUAUGACGGACAAGUUGGAAGAGGUUCGUGUAGCAGCUGGAGAAGCAUUUCGCAAUAUGGUCCCACUAUUAGCUCUGGAGGUUUGUGAUCUCAGUGUAGCUGUGGUCGGGUUAAGUGAAGCGUUAUCUGCUAAACGCGAGGAGAGUGCUGACUUCAUCAAUGUACUUUCUGCACCUGGCAAAUUGGAAUUGGUUGCAACUGCAACUAUUCGCGGUCUUUGCAAGACUAUACAACUCAGGCAGUAUCAAGCAGAAGGAAUAACGUGGAUUCGAUUUCUUCGAAAAUUCGGGCUAAAUGGUAUCUUGGCUGAUGACAUGGGUCUUGGGAAAACCUUACAGACCUUGUGUGCUCUUGCCUUAUCACUUGAUAAUGACGGCCAUUUGUCCACAAGAUGUUCAUUGAUCGUCUGUCCGCGUACCCUCGUUGAUCACUGGUGCAACGAAUGGCGUCGUUUCUUUCCCGGAAGACUUCCUGCUCGUCGAGUAGAAGGGACGCUGGCAAAAUUGAAAUCCGUCGAGAUCGUUGUUGCAGCAUAUGAAGAUCUGAAGGGGAACACAUCAUUGGGGCGUAUUGCAUGGAACUACGUUGUUAUGGACGAAGGCCAUAUUCUCAGAAAUCCCAAGACAGCACUUUGGCGUGCAGCGAAUGAGUUGAAAUCCACCAGUAGGUUGAUUCUGUCCGGUACGCCAGUCCAAAAUAGUCCGGCUGAUUUAUGGGCGCUCUUUACGUGGUUAAUGCCUGGUUACCUCGGUGAUGAACGUACCUUUCGUGCGCAGUUUCUUCGUAAGGUCCUUAAAUGCCGAAGUCAUAAAGCAUCUGAAAAGGAUAUACAGGAGGGAUCGGAGGCUGUUACACAACUUCAUCGGCUCAUUUUACCUUUCAUAAUGCGACGACUUAAGUCAGAGGUUCUCCGAGAAUUGCCGGACAAGAAUGUGCAAGACGUUGAGUGCCAAUUAAGCGAUGUGCAGCGCACCAUCUACAAGUUUAUUGUCGACAAAUGUACUGCGAAUCGGCUACGUGGCAUUUCUCCUCUCCAUGCAUUAACUGCACUUCGGAAACUUGUGGAUCAUCCCAUUCUUGUACAAGACGUCCUUUCAAAGCUCGGGGCACCAGAAUCCAUUAUGAGCACGGUACAUACGGAUUUGAGCCAUGUUCCAUUUUUUAUGCAAAAAUUUAUAGUAACCACUUUUACUUCACCCUUCGAUUAUUUUUUCGUCAAUCCUUUGUCAUCUAUACCUAUGGAAAUGCCACAUCGGGCGUUAAUCUUCUGUCAGUGGAAGUCAUCUGUACAGCUUAUAUCAAACGCGUUGGCCAGAGGCAAUUUCGGGGCACCUAUCUCACAUUUGGUGUUGGAUGGUUCAGUUGAUCCCAGCGAACGUCAGUCGAUAGUGGAUCGAUUCAACACUGAUCAUCUUAUCGACGUACUUGUGCUCACAACACAUAUCGGUGGUGUUGGUUUGAAUUUAACAGGUGCUGAUGUGGUGAUUUUCCUUGAUCACGACUGGAAUCCAAUGAAGGAUCUCCAAGCUAUUGAUAGGGCACAUCGGAUUGGUCAAACUCGAAAGGUUAACGUCUACCGUCUUAUCACACAGGGAACAAUAGAAGAGAAGGUUAUGAGCUUGCACAAGUUUAAGCAGGAUACAGCUGAUGCCUUGAUUGGAGCUGAUAAUCGAUCGCUUCAAACUAUGGCUACAGACGAGCUGAUGAGUAUGUUUAUUCUGGAUGGAGAACAACCGUCCACAGAAAAUGGUAGACCCGAAGCAAAGAGAAAGCGGAAAUCCAUGUCGGGCGCAAACGGUGAAGACAAGUGGAACUUGGCCGAACUGUGGGAUGAAAGCCAAUACGAACAGCAAUUCGAUGUUUCUCAGUUUAUUAAGGAUGCUGUAUAA